AUGGCUGUCUCUUCUUCUGCCAUAGCUGAAAAUACAUACCAUACUCGCUCCACCAGCAUGUCUUCCAGAUCCCAUCCCGUCACACUCACUGUCGAAGAGGAGAUCAUCAAGCUACAGACUUGGGUGACGUUGUUAUCCUCAAUCUCGUCUUUAAUGGAUAAGACAAUUUGGAUUGGCUUGGGUGGCCUCAAAUGCUUGUAUGAUAGUGUUGAUGACCUUCUUCAAUUGCCACUCUCCCAACAAGCUCUUGUUAAUCAUCAGCACCAGAAAUGGGUGGAAGCGAUAUUGGACGGAUGGGUCAGAUUGUUGGACAUUUACAGCACAACAAGGGAUAUGAUGUUUCAUAUUAAGGAAACUGUGAAAGACCUUCAAUCAGCUCUUUGUAGAAGAGGAGGAGAUUUGUGUCUAGAAAACAAAGCCAAAACAUACAUUUGCUGA